GUACUCAGUUGUCCUUGGAUAUGGAUUCCUCGGUAGUUGGGGUAAGUAGUGCUGGUGGAGGGAGUGCUAAUGGUCUCUCUUACGAAAGCAAAGGACUGGGUAAAGUAGAGCACACGAGGCGAGCACUCUCUGACGGAGAAUUAUUGCAACAGCAGCAAGAUGAGUGCUGCAACAGGAGAGCUGCAGUGAUAAGAGAGAGAAGGAAAUACUGGAGAUCUAGGAUAAGACUGAGACCAAGAAAGAUAGUAGUACUAGGAGAUAUGAACACGGGAAAGAGCUCACUGGUCUCAAGUUACACCAAAGACCAGUUUCAUGAAACAUACAGCCCAACAAUACUGAGGACUGUCUGCACUGAUGCUAAAGUCAAGAUGAACACUGUGGAACAGAAACUGGACAUUAUUAUUAUUGAUACUCCUGGACGCAAAGACUACAAACCGAUAAGACUAUGCACAUACAAGAAAGUUGAUCUGAUACUACUGGUGUUUGCAUUGGAUGAGCCAGAGACGCUUGAUCAAGCAUGUAAUUACUGGAUGAGUGAAAUAAACGAAUCCUUCCAUCGAAGCAUACCGAUCAUACUUGUGGGUACUAAGCAAGACACCAGGGAUGAAAUAUGCACCAAUUUAUGUAGCUGUGAUCUCUGCUCCACUUCAUUUCGUUACUCCUGUUGGAAUAUAGCUGCAACAACUAGUACAGAGCAUGCUACUGAAGAUAUAGUAGUUACAUGCGAACAAGGACAGAGAGCUGCUGACAUGAUUGGAGCAAAUGCUUAUAUCGAAACGUCAGCAAAAUAUCGUGUUGGGAUCAGAGAAGUGUUUGAGAAAGGAAGUAACAUAGCCAUCAGGAGAAAUAGGAGGAAAAGAAAGAUAAGAGGACAAGGGAUUGAAGGAAGUUGUGUGAUACUUUGAACUGUUUUUUUAUAAUUCAUGUUGCAUAUUUUAAGUUAUAUCAAUUUUCAAUUUCACAUUAUAUACCAUACAACUUUUAAAUAACAA